AUGAACCUCGCUUUGGUGCUUGUGGCCUCGCGACGGCAGCGCCUGCGUCGAAUCAUGUAUGCUCUUCGAAUCCGCAGACGGUUGAAAGAGCGAAACUUCAUCAAGUCAGUUGCACUCAUUGAAUCCCAAGAGAUGAGUCCAUGGUACACCAUGUACAAGGCCCGAGAUGCACAGUCAUUUGUCGCGACUGUGUCGGUAACACCUGAUGCCUUUGAUUACAUCUUAUAUUACUUUAAGCACGAGUAUGUUGUGCUUUCACGACCUGGUAAGAGUGGCCGCCCUCCUCGCAUACCAAAGAAGCACGCUGUACUAGCGAUGCUACUGCACUUUUGCACAGCGGCUGUGGAAGGCAAGACGUUACACGAGCUCUUUGGCCUGGCCCCGAGCACGUUUUGUCGAGUGCUUCGUCGUGCCGAAGAAGCCCUCGCGCGGACGCUGAGGCGUGUAUUCGGCUUUGUCGACGGCAAGAACCUUCGUGUGCAAGAGCCAUCCAACGUCGACCUCCAGAAUGCACAGUUUAACGGCUGGCUCCAUUGUGUGUUCGUGACUGGCGUACUAUGCUACGGUGUGGACGGGACAUUGAUAUGGGGACGACAUAACUGCCCUGGAUCUUGGAACGAUGGCGAGAUGAGCCGUGGGCUCCAGGACAUCCUGGCCGAUGAUACAAAGGUUGGGCCUGGAAUGAAGGUUGCGUCGGACUCUGCCUUCCCUGUGGGUGGCCGAUGUGCUGGUAGAAUCAUCACGCCUCUCAAGGAAGGCGACCUGGAACGCCAACCUGCGAACUGUCGCCUUGCGAUGCAAACCAUGAGCGACUGUAUAACAUCAUUACGGCAAGCCGCUGAGUGGGGGAUGGGCUCAGCGACAAAAGUGUAUCGUCAACUGCUGCUUCCACUACCGUACAAUCCUGCGUUGCGCUCAGUGCGACUGGACAGCAUAUUUAGACUUUACAACUUUCGAGUCAAUGGACGCGUGCCACAUGGGUUCAUGAAGGCACUCUGCGAGAAGUACAACGUGACCCGGCAGGCCAUCUCACGCAUUUGGAUCCAAGGACAAAGGUCCAAACACGUCAGUGGAUGCGGCAAUGUUGCCUCCCGCAAGGCGGGCAACUGUGGAAGGAAGGCCAAGUACACGCUUGCUCAGCUAGAAGCUUCAGUCAAGGCAGUCCCACCACAUUCCAAAGCCAUUCGUCGGCGCAGCAGUCGCCUCAAACCUACGUUGACUGAGCACCACAAGGCCCAACGGAUGUCGUUCGUUCGGGGGUUCAUCAAGUCAACGAGAGACGGGGGUCACAGUUGGCAUGAUAUGCUAGACAGGAAGGUCAUGUUCCUGACUGCCGUCGCUCGCCCGAGGUACGACCCAGCCCAGCGCAAGAUGUGGGACGGGAAGGUGGGGACUUGGGCAUUUGUGGAGACCCAGCAGGCCAAGAGAACAAGCAAGAACCGCGUCCGUGGCACGCCCAUCACUGUGCCCAUGACGGUCACAAAAGACAUCUACCGUCGCCAUAUCAUCGAACACGUCAUCCCGUCAAUUCGACUGAAGUGGCCGGGCCAUCGUGGAAACACGAUAUACAUCCAGCAAGACAAUGCAAGGCCCCACGUCAGCAUUCGAGACCCUGAUGUCGUGGCUGCUGGUGCUUUGCAUGGUUGGGACAUUCGUUUGGACUCCCAGCCACCGAUGAGUCCCGAUUUCAACGUCUUAGACCUGGUUUUUUUUAACGCCAUACAGUCGCUGCAGCACCAGAAGAUGUCAAGAUGCAUUGAAGACCUUGUCGCGGCCGUCCACGAAGCAUACGUCGAAAUGGACUGGAAGAUUCUCGACAAGACCUUCAUGACGCUGCAAAAUGUCAUGGAGGAAGCGUUCAAGGCGAAUGGCGACAAUGUGUACGCCUUGCCCCAUGCCAGCAAGGACAAGACUCGCAAGACAUCCGGAGUUAUCAUGCAACCCAGCUGCCAUGCUGAUUCGCUGCAGCACCAGAAGAUGUCAAGAUGCAUUGAAGACCUUGUCGCGGCCGUCCACGAAGCAUACGUCGAAAUGGACUGGAAGAUUCUCGACAAGACCUUCAUGACGCUGCAAAAUGUCAUGGAGGAAGCGUUCAAGGCGAAUGGCGACAAUGUGUACGCCUUGCCCCAUGCCAGCAAGGACAAGACUCGCAAGACAUCCGGAGUUAUCAUGCAACCCAGCUGCCAUGCUGAUGUGUGCGCCGCCAUCGAUGCAAUGCAAAGAAGAUUUGAUUAUGAGGACCGGAUUGAGUCAUUGGUUGAUUCAUUUGAUUCCUCGUUGUCAAUGGCCCCUUCUAACCUUGACGAGAUUUGUGAAAUGGUCGGGAACCUCAAGUGCUAG